AUGCCAGGAGGGGGAGGAGCUCUGGCGGUGGGCGCCGGCGUCAGCGCCGGCGUGGCCUCCGGCUACAGCAGCGAGAUCACGUUCACGGUGGUGAUGAGCUGCCUCAUGGCGGCCUCCGGCGGGCUCAUUUUCGGCUACGACAUCAGUAUUACAGGCGGGUUGACGCAGAUGCGGUCGUUCCUGGAGGCCUUCUUCCCGGAGAUCAUCAAGAAGGUGGAUAGCGCGCAGCAGGACGCCUACUGCAUCUUCGACAGCCAGGUGCUCACCACCUUCGUCUCCUCGCUCUACCUCGCCGGCGUCUUCGCCUGCCUGGUCGCCGGCCACGUCACGAGGAAGGUGGGCCGGAGGAACUCCAUGCUCAUCGGCGCCUCGUUCUUCUUGGUCGGCGCCAUCCUCAACUGCGCCGCUGUCAACAUCUACAUGCUCGUCAUCGGCCGGAUCUUCCUCGGUUUUGCUGUUGGCUUCACCAACCAGUCCGCACCUGUGUACUUGGCGGAGAUCGCGCCGGCGCGGUGGCGCGGGGCGUUCACGAGCAUCUUCCACUUCUUCCUCAACGUGGGUAUGUUCGUGGCCGACCUGGUCAACUACCGCGCCAACACAAUCCCAGGGUGGGGUUGGCGCCUCUCCCUCGGCGUUGGCAUCAUCCCGGCCGUCGUCAUCCUCGUCGGCGCCGUCUUCAUCCCGGACUCGCCCAACAGCCUCGUGUUGCGCGGGAAAGUCGACGAGGCCCGCCACUCACUGCGUCGGAUCCGCGGGCCGGCCGCUGACGUCGACGUCGAGCUCAAGGACAUCAUGCGUGCCGCGGAGGAGGGCGGCCGACACAAGUCCGGCGCAUUCCGACGGAUCCUGAUGCGCGAGUACCGGCCCCACCUGGUCAUGGCGAUCUUCAUCCCGCUCUUCUUCGAGCUGACGGGUAUGAUCGUGGUCACGCUCUUCGCGCCGCUCCUCUUCUUCACCAUCGGGUUCACGAGCCAGAAGGCCAUUCUCGGCUCCAUCAUCACCGACGUCGUCAGCCUGGCGUCCAUCUCCGUGGCCGCGCUCUCCGUCGACCGCUUCGGACGCCGCUUCCUCUUCAAGCUGGGCGGUGGCAUCCUGCUCGUGUGCCUAGUGGGGAUGACGUGGAUCUUCGGCGCAGAGCUGGGCAGCAACGGCGGGAAGGCGAUGCCGAGGCCCUACGCGGUGGCCGUGGUGGCGCUGGUGUGCCUCUUCGUGGCCGGGUUCGGCAUCUCCUGGGGGCCGCUCAAGUGGAUCAUCCCCAGUGAGAUCUUCCCGCUCGAGGUGAGGUCCGCGGGGCAGAGCAUGAGUGAGUCCAUCUCGCUCACGCUCACCUUCGUGCAGACGCAGUCCUUCCUCGCCAUGCUAUGCAGCUUCAAGUAUGGCUCCUUCGCCUACAAUGCCGCUUGGGUCGUCGUCAUGACGGCAUUCAUCAUCGCCUUCCUUCCAGAGACCAAGGGCGUGCCCAUAGAGGCCAUGGGUGCGGUCUGGUCACGCCAUUGGUACUGGAAACGCUUCGUCAAACCGGCACCGGAGCCCACGCCCGCACCAGACAAACUGGCUGACGGGUCGCUUGAAAUGUGUUCUUUUUGGGGUGGAUGGAUUUCGGAGAAGCCAACGUCAAGGACUGGCCACGGUUGUCAGAGUACACAACAGAUAAGAUGA